UCAGAAUAUUUAUUUGUACAUUGAAAGUCGAGCCGUGAGAUUGUGCAGCAGUCGUCGCGACGUUUCGACUUUUCUUUCCCGUCUGAGAAACAAGAUCGUGUGUGCAUAUUGGAAUUGGAGGUUAUCUUUUUAGUUCGGUAAAACAGAAAUAUGGCAGCUACACGAAUACAAAAGGAAUUGAAGGAUCUUGCCAGAGAACCUCUUCAAAUAUUCUCUGCAGGACCAGUCGAUGGUGAUCUAUUUCACUGGCAGGCAUCAAUGAAGGGUCCAAGUGAAAGUCCAUACCAGAAUGGUGUCUUUUUUCUUGAGAUACGUUUCCCGAGAGAUUACCCUUUCAAACCACCAAAGGUGCAAUUUCAGACGAAAAUCUACCAUCCAAACAUCAACACAAACGGCAGCAUAUGUCUAGAUAUACUGAGAUCUCAGUGGUCCCCCGCACUUACCGUAUCCAAAGUACUACUAUCCAUCUCAUCGCUACUCACCGACCCCAACCCAGACGACCCUUUAGUUCCUGAGAUCGCUAGAGUCUACAAAACGGACAGGGACAGAUACAACAAGAUGGCAAAAGAGUGGACGAAAUCCUACGCCCACACAUGAUGAGGUGUUACUUUUAAGAACGAAGGUUUAAUAUCUCAGGAGCCCAAGACUCACAGAUUGUGUAUCGACAACGAUACGACACACCGGUGAAUUGGGAUUCAAAUAUCAAAAAAAAAGUUCAUGAUUUUUUUUCGUUGCCUUCAAAAAGGCGAACCGUUCAAGUUGCAUGCACUGCAAAAAGAAGUACUGUAAUUUAAAGGGACAAAAGUACAGUACAGGGGUUUUAACUACGGCAGUCCACGUGAAAGUUGUCGGGGACUGACGUCGCUGAUUAACGUUGCCUCUGUUCUAAGUCGAAGUUGAAUGGCACGUUUGAGACUUUUACAAAACUGCAAACUCAAACUACGACUGAAAAUAUAGGAUUAACAGUACUGUGUUAAGCUUACAAAUAAUGGGGGUGUAUUUGACGGAAAUAUUUGUGCACUUAUAAAUUGCUCCCAUUUUGCCUAAAAUGUUAGGUAAAGUAAAAACGCUUUCCUGGCAUUGCUCGAGACAAAACUUGAUAUUAUAUUCUGUAGGUAAUUGUCGAUCGCGCCCAUUUUGCCUGGAACUGUGUGUAGUUGUUAUUUCAAAUGGGUCUUUGAGAAUCAUGUGUUGUCUUAUUUAAAAAUCUAUUUAUUACUAAAAAAAUUAAUGAAUGCAGAGCGAGCUGUAAUUCUAAAAAUAAAAUAAAAAUUAUCUGCCCUACAAUUAGACUGGCUCCCGGUCCUUAUAUUGUAUUUGAAAAGGCUCUAUUAUCAUGAAUUCCAUCUAACAAUGAUCGAGAAGAUUUCCGUUGUAAAGUGUUACGCAAUUGUGAAAGUUGGCUUGGUAUGUGUCGUAGACUAAAGGGCCCGGAAAGAGUUACUUCAAAAGCCAGUAUUCUGUGAACAUCUUGUUUAUGUUUAAUUGUAUGUACAUGUAUUUACUUAUCAAUAUAACUAUCUUCUUUUUGGAAGGUUUAUGAGACUUAAACUU